AUGCCUGACAAAGGACACUUGGACCGAGUCAAAAAUGGUCGCCAAGGCAGUGUGCGGAGCUCCGUCGGACCUUGCUCGGAGAUCGGCGCAGUUUGGCGCGACGCCAAACGCCGUCCGUCGCCCGGCGCGCGACACAAUGACCGCGAGCGUGAACGUGAAAAAAGGCGUGACUGAUCGACUGAUCGACCGAGUCGAGUGCUGUCGAGUCUUGUCGAGUGCGAACCCUUGCGAACCGAACCGAGCCUGACCAAGCUCCCAUCAGUCUCGGGAACUCCUCCUUCGUUCCCUUUCCCGCUCACACCCCAUAUCUUCCUCCGCUUCCCCACGCCACUGCCCUCUUUCACACUAUAACAGUGAGUCAUUCCAGACACGCGAGGUAGUCGUGUAUGGCCAGUCGCUGAGCAGCCGCCUCGGACGCCCUUUGCCAGUGUCGCCCAUUUCCAUCAACGGCUCCGGCGAUGCUCCUCGACGGGCGAGCGUGUCGGUACGACCGAUCCAGAUCCACACCGGCUCGCCCCCCUUGAACUCUGCUUCCGUCACGUCCCCCCUCUUUGCGACCUCGCCCCCAAACUCGGCCCUGUUUGGAUCGCCGCCGGCCGGUUCGGCUCAUUCGGGCGGACGCUCGUUGACGGCUUCCCACAGCUUCUCGGCUCGCGUUGGCAAGGCCUUGGCCCCGUUCCCCAUCAACGAGUCGCCCGUCAAGAUCCUCCUGCUUGAGAACGUCAACACGGCCGCCGUGGACUUGCUCAAGGCGCAGGGUUACCACGUCGACGAGAUCAAGUCCGCGCUCGGCGAACAGGAGCUCAUCACCAAGCUUAGGGAGGGCGGCUACCAGGCCGUCGGUAUCCGUUCCAAGACCAAGGUCACCGCCAAGGUCAUCUCCGAGGUCCCUUCUGUAAGUUUGACAAGUCCAGGACCGUGGUCACUUCCCCGGGGGUCCAGCGCUUUGCCAAGCUCUUGCCUGCGAAGGGCCUCGGAUGACUCAUCGACGACCACCUUCGCAAACACGCGCGUGUCUAACUUUUGCGCGAUCUUCAUCUUCCUCCCUACAGUUGCUUGUCAUCGGCUGCUUCUGCAUCGGCACAAAUCAAGUCGAUCUCAUCGCAGCUGCCAAGGCCGGUAUCGCCGUCUUCAACUCGCCCUUCUCCAACUCGCGCUCGGUCGCCGAGCUCGUCAUCUCCGAGGUUAUCGCGCUCUCGCGUCAAUUGUGCGAUCGCUCGAGGGAGAUGAGGGAGGGCAUCUGGAACAAGGUCUCCAAGGGAUGCUGGGAGAUCCGCGGCAAAUGCCUCGGCGUGAGUGUUCAAGCCAGGACUAUUUGAUUGCGUGCCGGCGUUGACCAGGAACGUGCACGCCUACAGAUCGUCGGGUACGGUCACAUUGGAAGUCAAUUGUCGGUCUUGGCUGAGGCGAUGGGAAUGUCGGUUCUCUACUACGACGUGAUGCCCAUCAUGCCCCUUGGCUCGGCGAAGCAGGUCGAUACGCUCGAUGACCUGCUCGGCGCGGUCGACUUCCUCUCGCUGCACGUGCCCGAGCUGCCCGAAACGACGAACCUCAUCUCGGACGCGCAGCUCAACCUGAUGAAGGACGGCGCAUACUUGCUCAACAACGCCCGAGGCAAAGUCGUCGACAUCCCCGCUCUCGUGCGCGCCCUUCAGUCCGGCAAGCUCGCGGGUGCUGCGAUCGAUGUGUUCCCGUCGGAGCCGGCAGCGAACGGCCCCAACUUUGGCGAUGCGCUCAACACAUGGGCGACCGAGCUGCGAGCGUGCCCGAACCUCAUCCUAACGCCGCACAUUGGUGGUUCGACCGAGGAGGCGCAAUCGAUGAUCGGUGCGGAGGUCGGCUCUGCCCUGAUCCGCUACAUCAACUACGGCUCGUCGAUCGGCGCGGUCAACUUCCCCGAGGUCUCGCUUCGACCCAUCCUGUCGGACGGCACCGUUCGCUUGUGCCACGUGCACUUGAACCAACCUGGUGUGCUCAAGAUUGUGAACUCGAUCCUGGGGGAACACAACGUCGAGAAGCAGUUCUCGGAUUCUAAGGGCGACACGGCUUACCUCCUGGCCGAUAUCUCGCACGUCGGCGAGGCCGAGAUCAAGGAGAUUUACGAGGCCAUCUCGGGUACGAGGAGCAACAUUGCCACAAGGAUGUUGUUCUAA